UUUAAAUUUUCGCGCCAUCUUGUUUUUCAUUAUCUCUAGUGUCGCGUACGAGUUUACCACUUUCAAGAACAUUUUCUGUUACUUUUCUUCUUUUUUAAUUAAUAAUUUCAAAACAACUAUCAAAUAAACAUUUUUGUGUCUGUGUGUGGUGUGGAAGAAAACUUAUGGUUGUGUAUAUGUGUGUGAGUGAUUUUUUCAACGAAAAUAUCAUGUAAUAGUGAAUUUUUGCUGUUAAACCACCUUGGAAUUGUUGAUUGGUGGUGAAGAAGAAAUGGUGAAGAUGAUAAUGAUGAUGAUAAUGAUGAUGAUGAUGAUGAUGAUGAUGGUGGUUAUCUGUGUUGAAGAAAAUUUCACGUGAAAGGUGUGUCAAGUCACAAGCUCCUCGUCUAUCUGCAUUUUCGAUCAUCAACUUUCCUCUAUCAUCAACUUGGAGUUUAAACAUUGAUGUUGACAAAUUAUCAAUCUUGGAAGCAGCUUGAUAGAAACGAACGAAUAUAGUGUCUUAAGAAGAAAAAGAAGAAGAGGAGAAAAGGUGGUGGGGAGAAAAAGACAAGAAAAAUAAAAUAAAAGAAAUAAACUCUACUGGUGUUAUUAUUUAGUUUGUUUAUUCUCAAACGAAGUAGAACAACUCGAUUCCUCGAAAGAUGGAGGAUCGAGAGAGUCCUUUUGCAAGGACUCAAGCAAGUAGAAGUUCAAUAAAACCAGCAAGUAUUUUACGAAAGGCUGCCAUGUUAGCUGUCAAUAAUACUAGUAACAUUGGUAGUGGUGUUGGUGGUGGUGGUGGUCAAGAAAGUGGUGGACGACAGGAAGUAACAAGUCCAAAAACAAUGAACAAAAGAUUGCCCACAGCUCACACUGCAUUGGACAAUUUGAAACAAUGGGAAUUGGUUGAGGAUGUUAAUAAAGGUCUUCAAGUUGUCGAGAAAAGAAAUUCAACUGGUAAAGGGCCAAGUAGUCCCUCGUCUUAUGGUAACAAGACACCGGUAUUUGCUAGAAGAACAAUGCCCGUUGAAAAUACGAUGAUUGAUGUGAAUAUCGAAGAAAAGUUAAAGGCAUUUAAAAAUUCUAAAAUCAUACAACCAAUACUUGAACCUUCAUUGGUAUCAUCAUUGUCCAAUGAACAAGAAGUGUCAAUUGAUUCGUCUAAAACACCUGUCAGUCUUAACUUGAUUUUAAAACAACGUCAAGAACAACAACAGCAGCAGCAGCAUCAACAACAGCAACAACAACAACAGCAAUUUGGUAAAAGUAAUAAUACAAGUGAGGAGAGUACUGACAUGCUUCAACGAUUGGAACAACAGGUCAAAGCUAUCGAAAUGGGUACUAUAGCAGCUGCAAAAACUCGUCAAUUGGAAAACAGUGAGGAAUUUCGACCAGAGGUUGAAUUGCGUUACAGGGAACACGAGGAUCUAUUGAAGAAUGUUACUGACGACGAGGCAGAGGGGGCUUCACCGUUGCAUCGGGGUGACGCUACGAGAAAUUCAACCGGAAAUGCAAGCAUCGCACAGAAGAAACCUUCCUCGGUGAAACUUUCAAGGACAGCUUCUGAUACUAGACGAGGACAGGAAACGGAAAUACCUUUGAGAGCUCAAACGAGGGUGCAACCAGUUCGCACCCUUGUAAGACCAAUCAUCACUAAAAAAGAUCAUCGUCAGUUACAACAACAACAACAAUUACAACAACUACAACAACUACAACAACAGCAGCAACAACAACAACAGCAACAACAACAACAUCAACAACAACAGAACAAUAUUGUCAGCAGUACUUUCAGGCCACUCUCUGACGUCAUGCAGAAAGGUGUUCGUAACGAGAAGGAGACCGGGGAUGGCGUUGGAGCAUUGUCGACCAGCGGUGGACGAAUGUCGUCCAGGAGCCGAACCUCCGAAGAACCGCACAUCGGUAAAUACAAGUUACUCAAAACCAUUGGUAAAGGUAACUUUGCCAAGGUUAAACUUGCUAAACAUGUACCUACGGGGAAGGAAGUGGCCAUCAAGAUUAUCGACAAAACACAACUUAAUCCGGGCAGUCUUCAAAAGCUCUUUCGAGAAGUAAGGAUAAUGAAGAUGCUCGACCAUCCGAACAUAGUGAAACUUUUCCAAGUAAUCGAGACUGAAAAGACACUGUACCUGGUAAUGGAGUAUGCUAGCGGUGGUGAAGUAUUCGAUUAUCUCGUUUUACAUGGUCGAAUGAAGGAAAAGGAGGCUCGUGCUAAAUUUAGGCAAAUCGUAUCUGCCGUGCAAUACUGCCAUCAGAAAAAGAUCAUUCAUAGAGACUUAAAGGCCGAGAAUUUGUUACUCGACAGCGAGAUGAACAUUAAGAUCGCUGACUUUGGUUUCAGUAAUGAAUUUACACCUGGUAACAAAUUGGACACUUUCUGUGGCUCGCCACCUUACGCGGCACCUGAACUUUUCCAAGGUAGAAAGUAUGACGGCCCUGAAGUGGACGUAUGGUCGUUGGGAGUAAUACUGUAUACUUUAGUAUCUGGCUCACUGCCAUUUGAUGGGUCAACACUGAGGGAAUUAAGGGAAAGGGUGCUAAGAGGAAAGUAUCGGAUCCCAUUUUACAUGUCCACCGACUGUGAAAAUCUCUUGAAAAAAUUCUUGGUGCUUAACCCUACGAAACGAGCCUCGUUAGAGAAUAUAAUGAAAGAUAAAUGGAUGAAUAUGGGAUAUGAGGAUGACGAAUUAAAACCGUACUUAGAACCUGAACCUGAUUAUAAAGACCACAAGAGGAUAGAGACCUUAGCUAGUAUGGGAUACACGAGAAGUGAGAUAGAAGACUCAUUAGGUCAAGCUAAAUAUGAUGAUGUAUUUGCAACAUAUUUGCUAUUGGGCAGAAAAACAACAGAUCCUGAAAGCGAUGGCUCACGGUCCGGAAGUUCUUUAUCGUUGCGCACUAUUCCUGCACAAGUUAGUUCGGGCGGAGGAGGAAGUAGUGGAGGAGGUACAGGUGGUGCUGUACAAAGUCCGUCACACAGAAGUGUUCACAGAAGUAUUUCUGCUAGCAAUCCAAAGCCCAGCAGACGGGCCUCGUCUGGUGGCGAAACCCUUCGAGGUGCACCAAGUCCAGGUAACGCAACGAAUCAUAAUCAUGCUCCUGCUGUAACUGGUGGAACAGUUACCAGUAGCGGUGGUAGCAAUUUCAAACGGCAAAACACUGUAGAUGCGGCAACGAUCAAGGAGAAUAGUGCACGUGUUUCUGCCGCUCGACCUUCAGCACCGAAAAAUAGUCCAGGGCAACUCGAUACCAUGACAAUGUUCAUUCUAGGCGUGGGUACAAGUCCCAGUAGUAAAGGAAGGGUUGGCAAGAGCAACGCAAUGAAUGCAGGAGUAGGUGGAGUUCGACCAAUUACCUCACCUGCUCCUGGUUCUGUUGGUCGUCGUAGCACCAUCUCCUAUGACCAAGCAAAAACAUCUUCUUCUACUGAAAGAACCAACGACGUACCCAGUUUUGUGCACAGCCUGGGCGAAGGCACUAGACCAACACGGGGUCACACCAAGUCUGCGAGCAUCAGUGCAGGUCACCGUUCCUCCAGUGGCGUACCUCCCAGCGACCAUUCACUACUGGACCCUCAACCACGCAACGCCCACAACUCCUUACUCGCCACUGCUGACCCUCUUAGGCAGAGCUUGGGCGUACCUCCAAGCAAUAGACUGGCAACACCAACAACACCGGCAUUUCCACGAAAUGUUCCAAGCCGUAGUACGUUCCAUUCUGGGCAAAAUAGAGCGCAACGUAGUCAUACUCAGCCCCAUGGACCCAUCCGUACCCCCCAAGCACCCAGUAGUGAGCGGUGCAACAACCAAUAAUGAUGAACAAGUUAAACCACGCAGUCUACGUUUUACUUGGAGCAUGAAAACAACCAGUAGUCGAGAUCCAAAUGAAAUAAUGUCGGAAAUUCGAAAAGUAUUGGAUGCUAAUAAAUGUCAAUACGAACAACGUGAAAGAUUUCUAUUAUUAUGUGCUCAUGGAGAUGCGGCAACGGACAGUCAAGUACAAUGGGAAAUAGAAGUCUGCAAACUGCCUCGACUUUCCUUAAAUGGUGUAAGAUUUAAACGUAUAUCGGGCACUUCUAUUGGUUUUAAAAAUAUUGCCAGCAAAGUUGCAGACGAGCUUAAACUAUGAUUAUCGGCCACGGGCGCCUUAGCAAACCGCGCCAACCCAUAACGCCCUCAUGAAGAGUACCAUCAGAUGGCAGCCUGCGAGGAAUUUUAUUUUUGUUUCUUCUGGGAUUCCGAUUCAGAAACAGAUAGCCAAGAAAUAUUUGUUUGACGAUUUCUACAUCCCAGAGAAAAAGACCGGAAGACAUCUUUACGCAGUAGAUCAUCAAUAUAUUUCCUCUGUGUUGUUGGAGGUAUGCCUGUUGCGAUUCUUGGAAAGAAAGCCUGGAACUGUGAUUUGUGAUGGCUAAUACAUUUUGAAAUACUCUUGAGUGCCAAAUGGAACUAGGUUGGCUCAUCAUAUAUAAAAUACUUCAAGAAAGGCUGAACAAUUAGCCAACCAACUUAUGUGUAAAGCUGGGCAUUACACACUAAAAUCUCUAAAUGAUUAGUUUUUGAACUUUCUUUCUUUUAGUUUAUCUCAAAUGGAUCUGCAUAAUUGACAAUGAGUGAAAGUAUCAGCAUUUUGCUUACAGUUUGACCCACACCCUAAUCGUGAUCUCUCUCUCUCUCUCUCUCUAUCUAUCUCUCUCUUUCUGUCUGUCUGUCUGUCUGUCUCUCUCUCUCUCUUUCCUCCCUCCCUCCCUCUUUCUUUCUCUCUCUCUCUCUCUCUGGCAGUUUUCAAUUUAAGUACAUCAUAUUUCAGUUCUGACAGUAUUAUUAAUAUGGCAUUGCUCUUCUCUAGAUAUUGCAGGUGUGGCUGCAGUUAUAUUAUAUAUAUAUAUGAAUAUAUUUAUAAACUUUUUAUAUUAUAAUACGCUUUGUAGAUGUCAAAUAUUAUUUUCUUCUUUAAUAUGUUGUUAGUAUAACUCUACUAAUAUUCUAGAAUGAAAAACAGUAAUAUAUUUUUAAUGUGCCUAAUAAAAAGAAUAUGAAAAAUAUGCCUUCUUCCUUCUGAAAAAGGUAUUGUUUAAAAUAAAAAAUAAAAAAAAGGUCAUUAUAAAACCUUUCGACGAAAUAUUAAAGGAUUUUGGGAACACACAUGCGGUACACUUUCAAUGUCCAGAGAAUUUUUUCACAAUACUAUUAACUUAAAUUAUGUUUCAUAUUUAAAAUGUUAUAAGUGGGGUAUCUCUGUAAAUAAUUUAUCGAAUCUAAUAACUCGUGAGAAGAAGAAGAAGAAAAAAAAAAUAAGUAUGUAGCGAUCUAUUAAUAAGAAAUUAUCAUCACUAUAAUCAAUUACAGUAAACAAAUAAUAAAUUGAACUAUAUAUUUUAACGCUGUGCCAAGGUGCACAGUCAAACUUUACUUUUCAAACAUUUUUAUGAUGUUUUACUUUUUUAUCUUAUACUAUAUAAGUUUGAAACAACUACACAGCACUUUAGAUAUUAGCAGAUUAAUUCAUAAUAAUUGCUAUUAUUAACAACAUUUUUAUUUUUUAUCAUAAAAUAUAAAUAAUAUUCGAUGCAGUACUACGAAGAUAGAAGGAAAAGAGAGCUAUAUAUAUAUAUAUAUAUAUUAACAUAAUUUAAGAAUAUCACCGAGCGACAAAAACUCAUGUUUCAUGUGAAUAAUACACAAGCUCUCCAUUCUCAAAAGAAAAAAAAAAAAAAAAAUAUUGGGAUAUACCUAGAGACACCUCAUUAAUUAUUAAUAACAAGAUCUGUCAUUUCUACAAAUGGUUAUUAUAAUAUUAAAUUUAAGUAUUAUAAUUGGCUACUUAUUAUUAAAUAUGGUACUAUUUAAUAUCAUUUAUUCACAAAAUAAUUCACGAUCGAUGAAGUCAAAUUCUAGAAAUUUAUUCUAAGUGUAGAGGCGAAUUUACUAGAGACUUGGUGUAAAUAAUAUAAUAACAAAGGUACUAAAUUAAUUAAAUGGGAGAACAAACAAACAAA